AAUAAUUCUUUAGCUGUUGUUAUGCUUUGAUCUCUGCUGCUUGCUUCUGUACUUGAUAGCUUUUAAUGUUUUUCCCUUUUUACUGAAAUUUCCAUCUGUUUUAUCUUAUUUAUCUCUCAUGGUACUUGAUUGAUUUUCUCUAGAUGAAGAAUUUAUGAUCCUGUGUUGUAAAUCUGUUCAUUGUCUUAUUUUUGCUGCCUUCUCUUUCUUUUCUUCUUUUCCCUUGACUGGAAUGAACUGUGUAUUAGAUAUGUAUUUUGCACUGGCUUAUUGUUGUGAAAAAUGACUAUGUUUAUGCUGUCCUUGUUUGUUGUGGUACAUUUCAUUAGUGAAUCAAGUUUUUGCUUCUUGUUUGGCAUCUCCAUAUGACUAUUCUGUAGACCAAAUAUCCUACUGGUUUCUAUGGGCAUAACAAAGAUUUGCCCUUGGAAAUCAGGGGAUAAUAGUUGUCAGGUUCACAUUCCUGGCUCAUUAGAAGAUGAAGGCAAGGGAAAGGAAGAUAACCCUGUACAUGGGGCAGACUCGGGUAAGGAUCUCGAUGACUGUGACUUGGAGGGAAUUAACUGUGAACUGUGCAUGCUGGAAGGUAAGAUUUGUAGUAUACCGUAUGAACUCUUUGAUCUACCUGAUUUGAGGGAGAUAUUGUCAUUGGAAACAUGGAACUCAUGCUUGACAGAGGAAGACAGGUUCUGUUUAUCAGCCAAUCUUCCAGAUAUGGAUGAAUGGACCUUUUGGUUGACCAUGAAAGAGCUCUUCGGUAGUAGUGAUUUGUAUUUCGGGAAUCCCAUGGAUACAUUUUUCAAAAGAUUGAAAGGUGGAUUUUAUCCUCCCAAGGUUUGUUGUCUCAGAGAGUCCUUGCAGUUUCUUGAGAGGAGAAAAUAUUACCACACGUUAAGAUCUUAUCAUGAUAAAAUGGCACAAAUGUUCACAGACAUGAGAAGGUUGUGGGAUGAAUGUAGUGUGAGCACUGGUGUUGAAGAAAGACAUUAUAUGUGGAGAACAAGGAGGAGUUGCAGGGAUUCCAAUUUGCUUGACCUUAAUGCCGUACCAAGUGAUGGAUAUCUGUUAAAUGAGGAUGCUAACUUAGAUUCAGUCAUGUGCCAUUUGCCAAAGAGAAUGAAGACUUGGGAAACUGUUAGUACAAAAAACAUUGUUGCCAGUCCAUCUGCCGAUGGAAUGACUAUUAUUGCUCCAAACUACAGCACAAAGGGUGUUCUGAAGGUUAAGACUUCCGGCAGUAAUGCAAUUCACAACCACAAUCAGAAGUUGGUUGUAGGUGACAAAUCGGAACAAUGUCUAUCAGUGCCAAAGGUUCUGUUGAAAGCAGUAACCAAAGUUCCUUCUGUUCUUCCACCGCUAUCAAAAGUGUGCUCAAGAAGGUCACAAACAGCAUUGCUUGUUGGUGCCCAAGUUUUACGGGACCCCAAACCCGAACGUACAAUCUUGGGAAAUGCAGGUUGUUUUAGCGGGUCAUCGUUUCUAUGGCAGAACAUUGUUGGUAGCAAAAUGAAUCCUGAGCGAUCUGGAUGUAUGUUAAAUCACCAGGAUUGUACUUUCAGAAGCAAGGAAGUUGACUUUGCUGAUUCAAAGAGACACAAAUUGGGUGGUGAGAAUUUGUGGAAGAACUUUGACGUGGGAAAGACGCACAAAGGAAAUGGAGAUCGCAUGCAGGAAAAGUUUAUGGCUUUUCCCAACCAAAUAAAGACCCCAAGUGAUUUUAAUGUUGAAAAUUCAGAGAAGACAAAUAAACCUAGUGUUUCAAAGAGGCUUAAGUAUGAUCUUCCCCUUCCAUUGACUUACAAGCGAAGAAAGUCUCAAGCCAAAAACACAUCGGACCUCACCAAUUCACUCAGAACAGGUAUCGAUAUAAGAACUAGUAGUUCAAAAGAAUCAAACCACCCUUUGGGGAACAGUGUAAAUGCAUUCAAGUUUAAAUUCUUGGGUCCUAUGAACAGGGAAGCUUAAAUAGCAUGUCGAGGAACAAAAAUGUAAUUACCUCCUUGGUAUAAUAAAAUCCAUUUCUUAUGGUUCUAAACAUAAAUGCCUCCUUUGUUACAGGCUCCCACUGAAUGUAUAAAUCAGGUAUAUAUUGCAGAAAGGAAGUGAUACGAUCUGCUUUCAUUUUCUAAUGGUAU